AUGCAGAUGCAGUGGUAAGUGAAUUAAUCGAAAUGGAAAUGAGGAUAGUGUUAUGCGUACUGACCUUGUCUGUGGUGGGAAGCUGGGCAGAGCAAUGUGGAAGGCAAGCAGGGGGUGCUCUGUGCCCCGGUGGUCUCUGCUGCAGCCAAUUCGGGUGGUGUGGCUCCACCCCUGACUACUGCGGGAAAGAUUGCCAAAGUCAAUGCGGUGGUACUCCUUCUCCCGGUGGUGGUGACCUUCCUAGCAUCAUCUCCAGGAACACCUUCGACCAGAUGCUCAAACAUCGCAAUGACGGAAACUGCCAAGGGCAUGGCUUCUACUCCUACGACGCAUUCAUCGCCGCCGCCAAGGCGUUCCCAGCCUUUGGAACCACCGGAGACACGGCCACACGCAAGAGAGAAAUCGCCGCUUUCUUUGGCCAAACAUCGCACGAAACAACCGGAGGGUGGGCCACCGCACCUGACGGACCCUACGCAUGGGGAUACUGCUUCCUUCGGGAACAAAACCCUAGCGCAUACUGCUCCCCCUCCGCACAAUACCCUUGCGCUCCAGGGAAGCAAUACUACGGUAGAGGACCCAUCCAAAUCUCAUGGAACUACAACUACGGACAGUGCGGAAAUGCAAUCGGCGUCGACUUGCUCAACAACCCUGACCUAGUCGCCACUGACGCCGUCAUCUCCUUCAAGACUGCCAUCUGGUUCUGGAUGACGCCGCAGUCGCCCAAGCCUUCCUCCCACGACGUCAUCACCGGUCGGUGGACUCCCUCCGCCGCCGAUCAGUCCGCCGGCCGCCUCCCCGGCUACGGCACUGUGACGAACAUCAUCAACGGCGGCCUCGAGUGCGGCAGAGGCCAGGAUGGCAGGGUGCAGGAUCGCAUCGGCUUUUACAAGAGAUACUGUGACUUGCUCGGAGUUGGUUACGGCAAUAACCUGGAUUGCUUCUCGCAGAGGCCAUUUGGCAAUUCCCUUCUCCUCGACGCUGCCAUCUAAUCUAAACACACUCCACUCUCUUCUCUCGUCUCUCCUAUCAUGAGACCAGACUACUACCUACAAUAAAAAUCAAAUCCAUCAAUAAAUAUAUUAACAAUUUCUUCCUUCUA